AUGGCACGCAUCCUUCUUCUCGGGGUGGGCAGCAUCGGCAGUGUCUACGCCCUCAUCUUCACUCGCGCCGGUGCCGAAGUCGUCUGUGUCUGCCGCUCCAACUUUGAGGCAGCCAAGACGUCCGGCCUUCGGAUCGAAUCUGUCAUCUUUGGCGAUCAAACCAUCAACCCCGCGGUCGUGUCGUCAGUCGACGAAGCAGUUCAUCUGAGCGAGCAGCCAUUCGACUUUGUAGUCAUCUGCACCAAGUCAUUCCCAGGCGCCCAGCAACAAACGGUCAAAUCCCUUGCGCCAGCACUGCAAGAUAGUACAACGGCUGUUGUGCUCUUUCAGAAUGGGAUCGGCGUGGAAAUAGAUUAUCAGAAGGGCUAUCCCGCCAACCCAAUCAUCUCGGGUGUCGUGUACAUGCCGACAACGCGGACCUCAGCAGUCUCGGUCAAGCACAGCGAGGGCGAGAGAUUAUACCUGGGUUCAUUUCCCUCGACAGCGAGCCAAGACCACGUCCACAGUCUCUCUUCAGUCCUGCGCGCCGGCGGAGCCACUGUCCAUCUCUCAGAAGAUGUCCAGGGGGAAAGAUGGAAAAAGAUAGUGGCCAACGGAGCGUGGAACCCAAUCGGCGCUCUCUCGCGCUGCCGCGACAUUCAGUUCCUCCAAGCAGCUCCCCUCGCUUCGCAUGUCGUGCUGGAGAUAAUGCGAGAGAUCUGCACCGUCGCUGCGGCGUGUGGCUACGCUCAAGCCGCCAAUGAGGAGACCAUCAAAUUCCAGAUGAGCAGGACGCAUGCUAGACAGUAUCCCGGGGUAGAGCCCAGCAUGAUGUCCGACAUGCAUGGUGGACUGCCGAUGGAAGUGGAGGCAAUCCUGGGAGGCAUCCUGGCAUUCGCUCGUGAGAGGUCCGUGUCGGUUCCGAGGUUAGAAACCUUGUAUGUACUCCUAGCAGGACUUAAUGAUAGCCUUCAAAAGAAUGAGAGGUAG